GUCUGUGUCUGUCUGUGUCUGUCUGUGUCUCGCAGCCACGCGCGGCCCCAGGCUGGUGCUGGGGGUUCCGGUCUGAGGCGUCACCGCUGUCACUGCCAUCACCCCACGGAGCCACUUGUCGAGGGGAGUAGGCCCGGCCCUCCGCCGGGCAGAGAAGAUGUUGCCCCUGUCCAUCAAGGAUGAUGAAUACAAACCACCCAAGUUCAAUCUGUUCGUCAAGAUCUCGGGCUGGUUUAGGUCUAUCCUGUCGGACAAGACGUCCCGGAACCUGUUUUUCUUCCUGUGCCUGAACCUCUCUUUCGCUUUUGUGGAACUACUCUAUGGCAUCUGGAGCAACUGCUUAGGUUUGAUCUCCGACUCUUUUCACAUGUUUUUCGAUAGCACUGCCAUUUUGGCUGGAUUGGCAGCUUCUGUUAUUUCAAAAUGGAGAGAUAAUGAUGCUUUCUCCUAUGGGUAUGUUAGAGCGGAAGUUCUGGCUGGCUUUGUCAAUGGCCUAUUUUUGAUCUUCACUGCUUUUUUUAUUUUCUCAGAAGGAGUUGAGAGAGCAUUAGCUCCUCCAGAUGUACACCAUGAGAGACUGCUACUUGUUUCAAUUCUUGGGUUUGUGGUAAACCUAAUAGGAAUAUUUGUUUUCAAGCAUGGAGGUCAUGGACAUUCUCAUGGCUCUGGGCACGGACAUAGUCAUUCCCUCUUUAAUGGUGCUCUAGAUCCAGUACAUGGCCAUGGAGAACAUUGCCAUAGUCAUGAAGUGAAGCAUGGUGCUGCACAUAGCCAUGAUCAUGCUCAUGGACAUGGACACUUUCAUUCUCAUGAUGGUCCUUCCCUAAAAGAAACAACAGGACCCAGCAGACAGAUUUUACAAGGUGUAUUUUUACACAUUCUAGCAGAUACACUUGGGAGUAUUGGUGUAAUUGCCUCUGCAAUCAUGAUGCAGAAUUUUGGUUUGAUGAUAGCAGAUCCUAUCUGUUCGAUCCUUAUAGCCAUGCUUAUAGUUAUAAGCGUUAUUCCUCUUUUAAAAGAGUCUGUUGGAAUAUUGAUGCAGAGAACUCCUCCCUUGUUGGAAAAUACUCUGCCUCAGUGCUAUCAAAGGGUGCAGCAGUUGCAAGGAGUUUAUAGUUUACAAGAACAGCACUUCUGGACUUUAUGUUCUGAUGUUUACGUUGGGACCUUGAAAUUAAUAGUAGCACCUGAUGCUGAUGCCAGAUGGAUUUUAAGCCAAACACAUAAUAUUUUCACUCAGGCUGGAGUGAGACAGCUUUAUGUACAGAUUGACUUUGCAGCCAUGUAGUAAAUGAAAAGAAUGUUUUUUUUUUUUCUUUUCUUUUCUUUUUUUUACCAAAUUUUUCUGGUACUGUACAAUCCAAAACGUUGUACUAAAUAGAGAUUUCAUCACUACAAUUCCCCAGCACCAUGAAGACCAGGUAGAGUCCGCCGUUUGUGCUCUGUGGGGAGUUCACCACUAAGGGAUCACAAUUAAGAGGAUAUCUCCUGGACUGCUGGUCUUGUCAUUUGUGCUCUUCCCUCCAAGCCAUUCUGGUUUCUGAGGUUUUUGGUUUUGUUUUAGAGGGUUGAUUUGUCCUUUUUUCCCCCAUCAGGGAGUGGGAGGGGGGUUUCGUGAAUGCCCUUUCCCUGUCCCUCAUCCCAGCUGGUGAGAUUCAGACUGUGGGCUUCCAGUCAUCUGGAAUGUCUUCACUGAAGCUGCUGGAACCACUGCUUUUAUUCCUACAAAACCAGUGUUAUUUAAAAAGAAAUGGAAAUAUGUUUUAUAUGUAAUGUCACAGUUGUUGACGUUCUUCAGUAUAAUCAUAUGUUUGUAAAAUUGUUUGUACCUUGCAAACUUAUGAACCAAACCAUAUUGGGUUUUCAAAGUGCCUUUGUAUCAGAAAAUGUAUUUGCCAGCAUAGAAAUGUACCAACAAAGGUCAUGUAUGUGUUUUUUUAAAUGGAUAUUCUGUAAUCUGUACAAAACAUGACUCUUGCUUAGAAUACCAGUCUUUUUUUGUGUACUUCCAGCGUUGGUUUAGAUACAUGAAGUUUCUUUUUAUUGUUUUAUCUCAUCAAAAAAAUAAAUAAAUAAAAGGUAUUAUUUUGCUUUUUAAAACGAAUUCAAUAAUCACAUCAAAUUACUUUGUGGAGUGGAUUCUCAAAACUUUGCAAAUGUCUGUUCCAGACAAAAUUGUUUUGACCUAAAACAUUUGCUAAUUUCCAAAUUUCUGGAAAGAUACUGUGUUUAUGAUAAAUUUUCCAGUAGCUCUCCUUGCCAUUUUUGUGAAUUUUAUUAAUGUUUGGAAAAGGCAGUAGACUGAAGGCAGAAACAGUUGUCAUAGCAUUAAUGUGCAUUUUCAAUCUUCAAAUGUCAAAUCAUACAGUUUGUUUUCCUGUUUUAACUUUGCACAAAUGAUUGCUUUCAGGAAUAUUAUACAGCAUUUGAUUGAGUUGGAACUGUUUAAGGUACGGAGCAAAUGUGGUGAUGUAGAACUCUUCCUAACACAGGUGUCUUAGAAGUACAAGAUAAGCUUAUUUCUAGGUUCUUGUGUGUUUGAAAAAUAAAAUUGCAAUUUGACACAA